GAGGGUAAUGCCAAAAGAACGACCUAGUUAGCUAAAAGCAAUGCAAAGCUUCUCUCUCUCUCUCUCAGCUGCUGGCGAGUGGCGACCAUCUUCAUCUUCUUCUGAUCUUCUCUCCAACAGCUAGCUAGCUAGCGAGUAGUACUACUGGAGUACCCACACCACCCUGCACUGCUCCUGCACAGAUAUCCAUGCAUAUGCAUAUAUAAUGAUGAGAGAGAGACAGAGACGGGGUCUGGCCGUCCUCUCCUCUGGCUACUAGCUAGGGCAGAGAGAGAGAGAGAGAGAGGCCUGUGGGGGGAGAAGCAAGCAAGAGAGGCAGGCAGCGGUCCAGGUCGUCCAGGCAGUGGUGGCCUGAUCAGCCUGACCCACACACGAGAGAGAAUAUUUGAAGGGAAGAGGAGGAGUAUGAGGAGCUGAGCCCUGCUGAGCUGAGCUCGUGGGGUGUGUGUUUAUGUGUGCGAGUGCGAGACAGUGAGACUGGAGAUAGGGCUAAAGAGCGGCAGCCUUUAAUUUCUCUCUCCUCGCACUCUCGAUCUCUUAGCUUUCUCCUCCCUCUUCCUGCACUGCGGCUCUAGCAGCUGCAGCUCCCAUAGUUAUACUCCUACUAGCUUAUAUUGCUCCUCCGAUCCUCCACGAGCAGCGCUCCCUCCUUCCUCCCUCCUCGUCUUCUUCCUCGCUCAUCUUGCUCAGCUUGUCCUCCAUCCAUCCAUCUCUUCCUGUGCCGGGCGAGGUCAGCGAAGGAUCAGAGGCUAGCUAGCUCGAUCUUAGUUUUUGGCCGCCGGCGGCCGGCCAAUUAAGGGGGAGAAGCAUGGCUUUCCUUGUGGAGCGGUGCGGCGAGAUGGUGGUGUCGAUGGAGAGCUCGCACGCGAAGCCGGUGCCGGCGCCGUUCCUGACCAAGACGUACCAGCUGGUGGACGACCCCUGCACCGACCACAUCGUGUCGUGGGGCGAGGACGACACCACCUUCGUCGUGUGGCGCCCGCCCGAGUUCGCCCGCGACCUCCUCCCUAACUACUUCAAGCACAACAACUUCUCCAGCUUCGUCAGGCAGCUCAACACCUAUGGCUUCAGGAAGAUAGUGGCAGAUAGGUGGGAGUUCGCCAACGAGUUCUUCAGGAAGGGCGCCAAACACCUCCUCGCCGAGAUCCACCGGAGGAAGUCGUCGCAGCCGCUGCCGACGCCGCUGCCACCGCACCAGCCCUACCACCACCACCACCACCAUCUCCACCACCACCACCUCAACCCGUUCUCCCCGCCGCCCCCGCCGCCGACACAGACGCCGUUGUCGUACCACCGCUUCCAAGAAGAGCUCGCCGCCACAGCGCACAGUGUUCACGCCGGCGCCGGCGGCAACAAUGAAGGCAGUGGAGGCGGCGGGGACUUCCUGGCGGCGCUGUCGGAGGACAACCGGCAGCUGCGGCGGCGCAACACGCUGCUGCUGUCGGAGCUGGCGCACAUGAAGAAGCUCUACAACGACAUCAUCUACUUCCUGCAGAACCACGUGGCCCCGGUGACCAGCCCCUCGUCGGCGGCGCACGCGCCCCUGCCGCCCAGCGCCGGCGGCGCCGCGUCCUCCUGCAGGCUGAUGGAGCUGGACCCGGCGGACUCCCCUUCACCGCCGCGGCGGCCGGAGGACGACGACGGCACGGUGAAGCUGUUCGGCGUGGCGCUGCAGGGCAAGAAGAAGAAGCGAGCGCACCAGGAUGAUGGAGACGACAACCAUGAGCAGGGAAGCAGCGACGUCUAGCCGCCGCCGGCCAGCCGGCUUGCAUUGCUCUCGUUCGUGUACAUAUAGAGAUCAGAUCAGAGAGGAGUAGUUUGGAUCGCUAGCUCGCUAGCUAGGCUUUGGUAACUUUCUUUUGAGUGCGUACUGGAAUUAAUGUGCAAGAGCUAAGUGUUGAUUUGUCUGAGUAAAACUAACAAGAAUCCAUGCAUGCAUGGAUUUUAGUCAUCAGCUAAGCUAGUUGCAGAGGCUUGCACCACCCCUUCUCAAAUCAAAUCUCAACAAGCAGUUCUUCAA